CCCGGGGGCGGUGCUGGGCCCGGGGGCGGUGCUGGGCCCGGGCCCGGGGAGGUGGCGGCCCCGCGCGGCGGCGGCGGCUCCCGGGCGGCCCUUGGCGGUGGCGGGCGGCGCUUCCUGGCGCCGCGGCCUGUGCGCGGGAGCGGGGCCGCGCCGGGCCGCGCCGGACGGACCCACUGAGCCGGGCGCAGGCCCCCAGCUCGGGCCGGGGGCUGCUCCAGCUCAGCCCUGCCCAGAUGUGCGCCGGGACACCGGCUCCGUGACGCCCAGCUCCUUUCUGCCCGUCCGAGGGGCUGGCAGCUCCCCGGCUGCCGCACGGAGGCCGGGAGAUGCCGUCGGAGAAGGAGAGCAGGCCCAGCAGACCAGGGCGGGAGCCCUCGCCGGCCCGGUGGGACUGGGACUGCCCCACGACACGGCGCCGGCUGGAGGAGCUGUAUUUCCGCGAGCAGGAUUACAUCCGGGCAGGCUCUGAGGACAGCCACAACUUCUGGGCCUUCUUCGAGCGGCUCCGGCGCUUCCAGAGCCGGAGGAGCGAGCACGAGCGCGAGCCAGCCACGAGCCGUGGCCCGACAGAGCCGCCCGCCGCCUCCCGGCUCCUCGACCUGCCCCGAGAGUACGACGCUCGCUACCGCAUCAACCUGUCGGUGCUGAGUGCUGACAUGGAGGGGCUGGUGCGGGGCCGGCGGCCAGACCCUGGCCCGCCCCGGGAGCAGCUCUCUGAAUUUCGCAUGGCCUUGCUGCACUACCUGGACUUCACCCAGAAGCAGAGCUUCGCCAAGCUGGCCAAGCUGCACCGGGAGCGGGCGGCGCUGCCCAUUGCGCAGUACCGGGACCGGCUCCUGCGGGCGGUGGCCCAGAACCAAGUGGUGGUGGUGGCUGGUGACACGGGAUGCGGAAAAUCCACGCAGGUGCCCCAGUUCUUGCUGGCGGCUGGGUACAGCCACGUGGCCUGUACCCAGCCACGCCGCAUCGCCUGCAUCUCGCUGGCCAAGCGCGUGGGCUUCGAGAGCCUGCACCAGUAUGGGGACCAGGUGGGCUACCAGAUCCGCUUUGAGAGCACCCGCUCGCCUGCCACGAAGAUUGUGUUCCUGACAGAAGGGCUGCUGUUGCGGCAAGUACAGCGGGAGCCGACGCUGCCGGGGUACCACGUACUGAUCGCAGACGAGGUUCACGAGCGGCACCUGCAUAGCGACUUCCUCCUGGGGGUCCUGAGGCGACUGCUCCCCACUCGGCCAGACCUUAAGCUGGUGCUCAUGUCUGCUACCAUCAACAUCCGCCUCUUCUCAGGGUACUUCGGUGGCGCCCCUGUGCUGCAAGUGCCGGGAAGGAUCUUCCCCAUCACGGUCAUCUACCAACCCAUCCCCAAGGAGGAGGCAGCAACGAGCGGGAAAUCAGAGCGCCUGGAUCCCCGCCCGUACCUGCGGGUGCUGCAAGCUAUCGACCACAAGUACCCACCGGAGGAGCGUGGGGACCUGCUGGUGUUCCUGAGCGGGGUGGCUGAGAUCGGAGCGGUGCUGGAGGCGGCUCAGACAUACGCCACGCACACCCAGCGCUGGAUUGUGCUGCCCCUGCACAGUACCCUCUCUGUCAUGGAGCAGGACAAGGUGUUCGAUGUGCCCCCUCCGGGUGUCCGGAAGUGCAUCCUCUCUACCAACAUCGCAGAGACCUCGGUGACGAUCGAUGGCGUGCGCUUCGUGCUGGAUUCUGGGAAGGUGAAGGAGAUGAGCUAUGACCCUCAGGGCAAGCUGCAGCGACUGCAGGAGUUCUGGAUCAGCCGAGCUAGUGCUGAGCAGCGGAAGGGGCGUGCCGGCAGGACAGGCCCUGGUGUCUGCUACCGACUCUAUGCUGAGUCUGACUAUGAUGCCUUUUCCCCCUACCCUGUGCCAGAGAUUCAACGGGUAGCGCUUGAUGCCCUAGUGCUCCAGCUAAAGAGCAUGGGGCUGGGUGACCCCCGGACUUUCCCCUUCCUGGAGCCCCCUCCGUUGUCCAGCUUGGAGACUGCCGUGCGGUAUCUGAGGGACCAGGGAGCCCUGGAUGAGGCUGAAGACCUGACGCCCAUUGGGAACCUGCUGGCACAGCUGCCAGUGGACGUGGUGGUUGGCAAGAUGCUGGUCCUGGGAGCGCUCUUUGGCCUGACCGAGCCCACGCUGACCGUGGCAGCCACUCUGAGCGUGCAGUCCCUGUUCUUGCGUCCUGCCCACGCCAACCCCGACUGUGCCACAGCCCGGCGGCCCCUUGAGAGCCCCCACGGCGACCCCCUGACGCUGCUGAAUGCCUUCAACGAGUGGGUCCAGGUGAAAUCCGAGCGGAGCGGCCGUUCCCGGAAAUGGUGCCGGCGGCGAGGCCUGGAGGAGCAUCGGCUUUAUGAGGCUGCCAACCUGCGGCGCCAGUUUCAGGAGCUGCUCCGAGACCACCAGCUGCUGGAGGUAGCGUCUAGCCAGCCCAGCGACAGCUACAGCCGACAAAGCCGGCACCGGGAGCGCCGGGAGCUGCACCGGCUGUGGCGGAGCCACGCAGAGGCAGAAGGUCGGAAACGCAAGGUGCUGCGGCUACAUGUCGGAGCGGCCGGCUCCUCCAGCGAGGAGGAGGAAGGUGGUGCCCGUAAGCUUGGGGAGUGCAGCAUCGAUAUUCAGGAUGUCAAGUUCAAGCUUCGCCACAAUGUGGAUGAGCUCCAGGCUGCAUCUAGCUCCGUCCUGUCGUCCUCGCAGCUUGCUCUGCUCAAACUGGUGCUGUGCAGGGGACUUUACCCCCAGCUGGCUGUGCCCGACCAGCUCAACAGCAGCCGCAAGGACUCUGAUCAGAUUUUCCACACCAAGAACAAGCAGGGCGUUGUGCUUCACCCAACCUGUGUCUUCGCUACAAGCCCGGAGCUGCUGCAGGCCAAGGAGGGUUUGGAGCGUGGGGGGACUCAAGACGCCAAGGAUGGGCUGAGCCGGCACCACCAGCUCCUUGCCUUUGUCUCACUGCUGGAGACCAACAAGCCUUACCUGGUGAACUGCGUACGGGUGCCAGCCCUACAGGCUCUCCUGCUCUUCUCCCGCUCCCUGGACACGAGCGCAGACUGUGCGCGGCUGGUGGCAGACGGCUGGCUAGAGCUCACCAUCCCUGACACGGAGGCUGCCCUGCGGCUGCUCUCUGCAGCCCUGCAGCUUCGUGCCGCCUGGGAAAAGCUCCUAAACCAGCAGCUGGAAGGCCGGGGCAGGGAGCCAGGGUGCCAGCUGAGCUCCCGGGACGUGUCCGUGCUGACGCGGGGGCUGCUGGAGUUCCUGCAGAUAGAGGUGCUGUAUACCCUGCGCCAGCUGACCGGGCUGGAGAAACAGGCCCUCUACAUUGGGCCCCAGACUGUGGCUGCUGCCCCCCGGCUCCCGGGGCUCUUCCAGGGCACCGAGAUGAAGCCUGAUGAGGUGAAAGGCGGCCACAAGGUCACGGACUACCUAACCUACAACUGCCUGGCUACCGACACAGACCUCUACAAUGACUGCCUGCGGAGCUUCUGGACUUGCCCGCACUGCGACCUCCACAUGCCCUUCACCCCCCUGGAGCGAAUGUGCCAUGAGAGCACGUGCAGGCCCCCGGAGGCCCCUCUGGAAGAAGCGGCUGAAAGCUCAUCCAAAACUACAGCCCUGCACAGACUGUACCACUGCAACGUUUGCCAGCAGGACUUCGUGUUCACCCCCACAGAGAUCCUCCGGCACAAGAAGCAGCACCAGUGACGCAGGGCUCUGUGCAGGGGGCUGCGCUCCUGGGGAGCGGGGCCUCGCGGCGAGUGCGUGCCUGGCUCCCUGCCCCCAGCCCUGCGAGGAAGACGGUGGGCUCUGCUGGUGUAGACAGUGUGGGAGCUGGGCCCCGGGAUGCCUCAGUCCCCCCAUCUCUGGGAUGGAGCGGAGACCAGCCCCACAGGGUGCCUGGCUGGCGAUCCUACUGCCGGAGCGCGGGUGGGCCGGGGCGCACUUGAAGACCCCCUGCCCCAUCACAGCAGUGCUAACUCUGCUGCGAGUUUGUCAGUGUCUGGUUGGGUCCCCAACGGGACGUGGUAUUUCAGGACCAGUCUAGAGGCUCCUGCACCUCGUUGGCGGAGUUGACAGUAAUCCUUCUUGGGGGGGCGAUCCUGGUUUUAUUCCUUUUUUCUUAAAAGGUGAAAAUAAAUAUCUUUUUGGUGAAGCUCA